AUGUUUAUUGGUGAAGAGAACAAUAUGAAAAUUAACUUUUCUUUGGAGAAAACUACUCAUACGGUUGGCGAAAAUCCUUCGAAAACCUACGGACGGUUUCGCCCUUUUUUGGUUUUAAAGGGAGAUUCAACUGAAUUCCGACCGUCUGCUGACUGGAAGGCAUCGACUAAUGGUGUGAAGCAUAGCGUCACAUUUCCCAUGCAACGCCAGUGGAAGCUAACUGAGGAGCAGACCUGCGAGAGAAAGACUGAGUUUCGAUUGCAAGCCAGGCGAGCACGUGAGAACCAACUGUCUCGGAGUUCGGUGGGAUUCCACACCGAUACUGCCCUACGGCUCGCCGUUGGGCGGUGCUACGGCCAAAAUACCUAUCCCGCAGAAGACUGGCUGGUCCACCAAGCCACCAAAGGCCACAAGUGGACAUGGAUAGAAUGCCAACGCACCUUUGACCCUAUCAAAUCCAUGCUGAGUUCCGAUUUUCUGCCCAUCCACUGCAAUCCAUCGCUCCAGAAAACCACUGCACAUGCAGUCAGAGCCCUGACAUCAGCUCAGCGCAACUACAGUCAUAUAGAAAAUGAAUCUUUGGCGAUCGUAAGGGAAUCCCGGUGCAUAUCGCUGACCACCUCCAGCGAUGGACCACUCCGCCUCUGGGAUACGACUUCAAGGUCAACUACCAGUCCACCACGAGUCUCGGACAAGCCGACGCACUGUCGCGACUCCUUGAUUCAAGCAAGCCAAAACCAGAGGAUACUAGUCGCAACAAUUGCCUUGGAAGCGGAAGUUAACCGCGUAGUAUCUGAAGCGGUUCGCCAGGCUACCGACCAAGACCCUGUGCUGCGGCAGGUCAUCGAAAACCGCCGCAACCAAUGGCCGCGCACCUGCCCAAGAGACUAA